UUUUUGACUGGUUCGGCGAAUCUGACACCCGCCUCCUCCCUUGUAUAGGAGUCUUUUUUAUUGAGAAAAUAUAGAUCUUCUUCACCUUCUUCAUAGAUCUCAGAUCCCGAUCCCGAUCCCGCCGGCGACUUCUUCAUUUUCUCUUCACCUCCCAAUCAAUCUCUCUCUCCCGCAGAUCUAGCGAAUCGAUUUCGAGUCCCUAAGUAGGAGUGGAAUCAUGGCGCUGAGCAUGCGUAAAGCGAUCGGAGUUGUUAAGGAUCAGACUAGUAUCGGCAUAGCCAAGGUAGCUAGCAACAUAGCUCCAGAUCUGGAAGUUGCGAUCGUGAAAGCUACGAGCCACGACGAUGAUCAAUCUAGUGACAAGUAUAUCCGCGAGAUCCUUAGCUUAACUUCACUCUCCCGUGGCUACGUUCACGCCUGUGUCACCUCUGUCUCACGCCGUCUUAAGAAGACGCGUGACUGGAUCGUCGCUCUCAAGGCUCUUAUGCUCGUCCACCGUCUUCUUAACGAAGGAGAUCCACUGUUUCAGGAAGAGAUCCUUUACGCUACCCGACGAGGUACGAGGAUUCUUAACAUGUCUGAUUUUCGUGAUGAGGCUCAUUCUAGCUCUUGGGAUCACUCUGCUUUCGUUAGGACAUAUGCUAGUUACUUGGAUCAGAGGCUUGAACUAGCUCUUUUUGAGAGGAAAGGGAGAAAUGGUGGUGGUGGUAGUAGUAGUAGUAGUCAUCAAAGCAAUGGGGAUGAUGGAUAUAGUCGGUCUAGGGAUGAUUUUAGGUCUCCCCCUCCAAGAACUUAUGAUUAUGAGACUGGUAAUGGUUUUGCUAUGCCUAAGAGGUCUCGGUCUUUUGGAGAUGUGAAUGAGAUUGGAGGAAGAGAAGAGAAGAAAUCGGUUACUCCUUUAAGAGAGAUGACACCCGAGAGGAUUUUUGGAAAGAUGGGUCAUUUGCAGAGGCUGCUUGAUCGGUUUUUAUCUUGUCGACCUACCGGUUUAGCCAAAAACAGUCGGAUGAUCUUAAUUGCCAUGUACCCGGUUGUGAAAGAGAGUUUUAGGCUUUACGCUGACAUAUGCGAGGUCUUGGCUGUUCUGCUUGACAAGUUUUUCGAUAUGGAGUAUACUGAUUGUGUCAAGGCCUUUGAUGCUUAUGCUAGUGCGGCUAAACAGAUCGAUGAGCUCAUUGCGUUCUACCAUUGGUGUAAGGACACGGGCGUGGCGAGAUCUUCUGAGUACCCUGAGGUUCAGAGGAUCACGAGCAAGCUGUUGGAGACAUUAGAAGAGUUUGUGAGAGACAGAGCCAAGAGGGCCAAAAGUCCCGAGAGGAAAGAGAUAGAAGCUCCUCCUGCUCCUGCUCCUCCAGUUGAAGAGCCAGUGGGUAUGAAUGAGAUCAAAGCGCUUCCUCCUCCAGAGAAUCACACUCCUCCACCUCCACCUGCUCCAGAGCCUAAACCGCAGCAACCGCAGGUAACUGAUGAUCUAGUUAACCUGAGAGAAGAUGAUGUCACUGGUGAUGACCAAGGGAACAAGUUUGCUCUUGCUCUCUUUGCGGGUCCUCCUGCUAGUAACGGAAAAUGGGAAGCUUUUUCUUCUGAUAAUGGCGUGACAUCGGCUUGGCAGAAUCCAGCAGCAGAGCUCGGGAAAGCGGAUUGGGAACUGGCAUUGGUUGAGACAGCUAGUAAUCUAGAACAUCAGAAAGCCGCUAUGGGUGGUGGUUUAGAUCCGUUGUUACUCAACGGAAUGUACGAUCAAGGAGCAGUUAGACAACACGUGAGCACCUCGGAGUUAACUGGUGGAAGUUCAAGCAGCGUAGCACUCCCUUUACCGGGUAAAAUCAACAGCCAUAUACUAGCACUUCCUGCGCCCGAUGGAACCGUUCAGAAAGUGAACCAAGACCCGUUUGCAGCUUCCCUGACCAUUCCGCCUCCUUCAUAUGUGCAAAUGGCUGAGAUGGACAAAAAACAAUAUCUAUUGACUCAGGAGCAGCAAUUAUGGCAGCAAUAUCAGCAAGAAGGAAUGAGAGGUCAAGCUAGUUUGGCUAAGAUGAAUACAGCCCAAACCGCAAUGCCGUAUGGGAUGCCACCGGUUAACGGGAUGGGACCGCCGCCGAUGGGGUAUUACUACAACAACCCUUACUGAUUUCAUUCAUUUUGUUUGUUUUUUAUUUACAUAUAUAUUUUUCGACCAAUGUAGAUGUGUUAUAAUCCGGUUUCUUCUUGUAUUUUUUUUUCCUGAUCUUGCGUCCUAUUAUUGAACCUGUGAGACUUUGCCUCUUUUGAGUAUUGAUGAAUAAUGAGUUUAUACAUUUGUUGUUUUCUUGUAA